AUCAACCAAAGCAAGCAGCCAAAUCCACUCUCACCCUCCCAUUCCUUUCCCACCCCAAAGAUUCUGAUAUGCACACUUCUCCACUCUUCUUCUUCUUCUUCUCUUUUUUCCACUUGCUUCCAUGGCUAAAAAUCUACCUGAAUAAUCCCUUAUCCAUAUUUUUCUUUCUCUUCAGUCCAUUAACUUUCUCUUCUAGACCAUGACUUCCUCUUACUGUCUUUCUUCUUCAAGAAACACUCUUUGCCCACAAACAGUUCCACGAAAUUCCCAUUUCUAUAUUUCAAGAAAUUGUUGGCCUAAAGAGACUAUUCAUCUUUUUAAGCCUCAACAAUUACCUCAAAAGCCUUUUCUUCCCAUUUUUAAACUCAAGAAUUCUAAACUCGCCUACCCUUUUGCUAGUAUAUCCUCUUUUGCUGAAGCUGGAGGCGGAGAAGAGCAAAAAGAAGAAACCAAGAUUGAGAACCAUAAAAAAACAGUGAAAAAUGAAGAAGAAGAUAACUUACCGGGAAUGGCUCAGGCUUUUAACAUUUCUUCAAGCACAGCUUCUGCUAUUUCUAUAUUUAUAGUAUUUGCUGCGCUCAGUCUUCCUUUUUUCAUGAAAUCUCUUGGACAAGGUUUAAGUGUUAAGACUAAGAUAUUGUCAUAUGUAACACUGCUAUCUGGGUUUUAUAUGGCUUGGAAUAUUGGGGCUAACGAUGUGGCUAAUGCAAUGGGGACUUCUGUGGGCUCUGGGGCUUUAACUCUCAGGCAGGCAGUGGUUACUGCAGCUGUCUUGGAGUUUUCAGGAGCACUUUUGAUGGGUACCCACGUGACCAAUACAAUGCAGAAGGGAAUUCUUAUGGCUAAUGUGUUUCAGGGGAAGGAUACUUUGCUUUUUGCUGGAUUGCUUUCCAGUUUGGCAGCUGCUGGUACUUGGUUGCAGGUUGCAUCAUAUUAUGGUUUGCCUGUCUCCACCACACACUGUAUAGUAGGAUCAAUGGUUGGAUUUGGUCUUGUCUAUGGAGGACCUGGCGCCGUCUUCUGGAGUUCUCUGGCAAGGGUCACUUCAUCAUGGGUGAUCUCACCGAUCAUGGGAGCAAUGGUGUCUUUCCUUGUCUAUAAAUUCAUCCGUAGGUUUGUGUACAGUGCACCAAAUCCAGGACAAGCUGCAGCUGCAGCAGCACCAAUUGCAGUCUUUGCAGGCGUAACAGGCAUCUCAUUUGCAGCCCUUCCUCUGAGCAAGACCUUUCCCAUGGCUCUAGUACAAGCUUUAGCCUGUGGUGCUGCUGGUGCAUUCUUAUUCAACAGAAUCAUCAACAAACAGCUUGGUCACCUCCUUGUGAAAGCUCCUUCAAUACAACCUGAACCAAAAGAGAGUAACAUCCAAAGCAAAAAUAUUGGAUUUCUCUCUGAUUUUGCAGGACCAAAGGGUACUCAGUUGGAGAUAGUUUAUGGUGUUUUCGGAUAUAUGCAGGUACUCUCAGCCUGCUUCAUGUCAUUUGCCCAUGGUGGAAAUGAUGUCUCCAAUGCAAUAGGUCCUUUGGCUGCUGCACUGUCUAUUAUUCACGGCGGUGCCAGUGGAACAGAGAUUAUUAUUCCAACUGAUGUUCUUGCAUGGGGAGGAUUUGGUAUAGUAGCAGGACUGACCAUGUGGGGAUAUAGAGUGAUAGCAACAAUUGGAAAAAAGAUAACAGAACUUACACCAACUAGAGGUUUUGCCGCUGAGUUCGCUGCAGCUUCCGUGGUUCUAGUUGCUUCAAAGCUGGGAUUGCCUAUUUCAGCAACGCAUACAUUGGUGGGCGCAGUCAUGGGGGUAGGGUUUGCAAGGGGACUAAACAGUGUUAGAGCAGAAACGGUGAGAGAGAUUGUGGCUUCUUGGGUCGUGACAAUUCCAGCUGGUGCUACCUUUGCAGUUCUCUAUACAUGGAUCCUGACCAAGCUUUUGCCUUCCAUCUUGUGACUGUACAUUUACCAUGAUUAAAAUGAAGUUGAUGGAUGUGUGUGAUUAAAUCAAAAUCACUCAUCUUUCUUAUCAAAAGAGUUUGUGAAAUGAUUGCAUUUUUUGUAUGCUAAGGUGAUUUUCUGUGAGUGGAAUUCACCAUAUAUAUGGAACGAAGAACAUGAAACUAAAUUUUUUGUUAGUAUAUGUGUUUGGAAGUCCAUUUUUGCUUCUCAA